ACUUUUUUCUCAUCUACGCCAAAUGGAUCAUGUUUUAUGUGUAAUGAGAAUCAUCGUGUGUAUAAAUGUGAUCAAUUUAAGAAUUUGAGUAUCGAAGCCAGGGAAGCAGAAGUUUCCAAACGCAAGCUCUGCUCCAAUUGUCUUCGUCCAGGGCAUUCCAUUUCCAACUGUCGUCUCAGCUCCUGCAGAGCCUGUAACAAAAAGCAUAAUAGUUUAUUAUGUCAUAAUAAUAAUAGUGUCAAUAAAGUAUUGCAAAACGAAAGUAACUUGAACUUACAAACUAACGAGGUAAAACAAAACACUAACCAUGAAAAACAAAAUUUGAAUACUGUGGCUAGCACUAGCACUGUUCUGACCACACUUACCUCAUACUCGAGUAACAGCGAAGUCCUCCUGGGCACUGCAGUGGUUGAAGUCGUCGUUGAGCGUGACAACAGUACUUACCUGGCACGCGUUCUUUUGGACUGUGGAAGUCAAAGUUCGUUUGUCACAGAUAACCUGAAAAAUAAACUUAAAAUUAAAACUAAUAGUACUAAGUCACGGUGUAUAAGUGGACUGAACAAUUCAAUAUCUACAGCCACUGAAUAUUGUACAUUAAAAUUAAAGUCAAGAAUUAAUGCCUACACUACGGAUGUACAUUGUAUGAUUAUAUCAAAUAUUUCAGAAAACUUACCUAGUGUAGAAAUCGAUCCCGAGGAUUUAAACAUACCCAACAAUACUGCACUCGCCGAUCCAAACUUCCAUAAAAGUAACAAAGUUGAUAUAUUAAUUGGGUCCGAUGUAAUGUGGAAUAUUGUUAAGGGAGGUUGCCAGAUAUCGUUAGGUGAAAAUAAACCUAAGUUAAUUUAUUCGAAGUUUGGAUGGUUGGUUUCAGGGCCCAUGACUCUGGCCAUGCCAUCUGUGAAGUGUAACAAGAAAUCUGUAUGUCAUUUUAGUCAGGAAAUUAAAGACUCACUUUCUAAAUUUUGGGACUUGGAAAAUUUCAUAAUGCCAAAACGAUCAUUGUCUACAGAUGAACAAAUCUGUGAAGAUUCCUUUAAUGAAAAUACAAUUCGCUUACCGUCUGGUAGAUUCCAAGUAAAAAUGCCUUUGCGCGAGUCUCCUGAGGCUCUUGGAGACUCUUACUCACUUGCUAAGAGAUGUUUUUUAAAUUUGGAAAGGCGUUUCCAAAAGCAGCCGAAAUUAAAGGAAAUGUAUAGUGAUUUUAUACAUGAAAAUACCAACCCUAGUAAUCUAAAGCAAUUUGUUUACAAUCGAGUAAAUGAAAUUCAUGAACUGACUGACAAAUCCACAUGGCAUCACAUUUCUACAGAAAUUAAUCCGGCAGACAUAGCUUCUCGAGGAGUCAGCCCUAGCAAGCUUCAAGAUUUAGAGUUAUGGUGGAGUGGCCCACCCUUUUUAAUGAAACCUAAAACGGAGUGGCCAAGCGCUCCUAUAGAAAAUGUUGAGCUUCCGGAGCUCAAAGUAUAUUCAUGUUGUGUGUCUGCUGAGCAUUCAUUUGAGUUUGAUAGGUUCUCGAAAUUUCAACGAAUGAUCCGGGUGGUAGGAUAUAUCUUAAGAUUUAUUCACAAUUGUAAAACAAAGAAGGAUUCGCGGCUAAGUGGUGAUCUGAGUAACGAUGAAAUAGAUAGGUCUACUCAGACCCUAAUCAAAACCUGCCAACAAGAUUCCUUUCCAAAUGAGGUGCAAUCAUUAAAAAACAAUAAAAAGAUACAUCAUAAAUCGAGGAUUUUGUCACUAAACCCUUACUUAGAUGAGCAUGAUUUGAUUAGGGUUGGAGGCAGAAUCCAAAACUCAAUCUGUGAGUAUUCUAAAAAACAUCCCAUUUUAUUAUGUGCACGUCAUAACUUUACGAAACUGUUGUUUAAGAAAGAACAUGUGCGUCAUAAACAUUGUGGGCCUGAAUUGUUACUUAGCAUUAUACGAGAUCAAUAUUGGCCCAUCGGGGGACGGAAUCUUGCACGCAGUACAUUUAGGAAAUGUAUCGUGUGUGUUCGUAUGCAGAGUAACUCAAUACAGCCUAUGAUGGGUAACUUACCCCCUCCUCGAGUCACUCUUACCUAUCCCUUCCUCGCGACAGGCGUAGACUUUGGCGGGCCCUUCUCAAUCGUAGACCGCAAGGGCAGAGGAUGUAAGAUAUCCAAAUGUUGGCUUAGUCUUUUUGUGUGUUUAAGCACUAAGGCAUUAACUUUGGAGGUGGUUAGUAGUCUAAGUACUGAAGCAUUUUUAAUGUGUUUGCGUAGAUUUAUAUCACGUCGUGGCAAGCCUCAUGAUAUUUAUUGUGACAAUGGCACCGACUUUGUGGGUGCAAAUAAUGAGCUAGGCAGAAUGUUGCAGGCAAGCCAAAGUUCUAUACCAAAAAUUGGAACAGCUUAA